GCUCAGACACGGUGAUACCCUCAAAUCUCGUAUUACCAUUCAAAAUCACCUCACCAUUUCCAUCAAAUCAAAGAAAGCAUCGAUCGAUUAGGGUUGCCCCGCUCAAGAAAUCAACUCGUUGCCUCGCUCUUUCCAUCCUCGUUCACCACUCGCCGACUUUCCACUACCCCACCGGUCACGCCAUUGUCAUUCCUUCCACCGAUUCGUGAAUCACAAAGGCUUUUGCUUUACAGUUUAAGCAAGAAUCGUAAGCAAUGGAGGUCGUCGCACCUAUUGUUGAUGACAGGAAGGCUCGCAGCGAUAUCUUGCUUUUUAACCGCUGGACCUACGAUGACGUUCAGGUUCCUGAUCUUUCUGUACUGCUACUGCAUCAAAGCACCCAAUCUACAUGCCUCACACAACUGGAAGGUACCAAGCAAGGAGGUUCAGGAAGGCUCAAUGCCCAAUUGUGGAGCGAUUAACCAACUCUCUCAUGAUGCAUGAGAGAAACAAUGAUAAAAAGCUUGUGGUUGUUCGCAUAUUCAAACACGCAAUGGAAAUCAUCCAUCUGUUAACCGAUGCUAAUCCCAUUCAAAUCAUCAUAGAUGCUGUCAUCAACAGAAGUAGGUUUUUGCAACUGACACAGGUCCUCUGCAACAUUCAAAUCUUUACAAAAGUGAUGCCUUCUCUUUUUGAUCCAAAUUUUGAAGACCUCUUUAUAAACACUUCAUAUGCAUAUCAAGUCAAAUCUCUAAAACUUGAGAUCCUUUCUUCCAUUGCUAUAGAUGAAUCAAUCUUAGUUAUCUUUCAAGAAUUGCAAGAAUUGCAGCACAGAAAAGAAAAUAGUACUUGUUUGGUGGCACUGGGAAGAGAUGAUGGUGAAGUCUUCACCAUUAAUGCCACUUCUGCAGAGUUAAAAUGGAAAUCUUCUGGACAUCAUCAUAGUAGAAUUGCUGCUCUUUCUUUUGCAAACAAAGGGCGUAAAAGAGUUCUCACCUUAGAUGGAACAACAUGCGAAAUGAACUCUGAAACUGAUGAUAAAAUAGUAGAUGGAUCAAAUACCAAGAUCAGAGUUCUCACCUUAGAUGAUGGAGAAGAACUACUUAAGUUUUCCACAGAUGUUAAUGCUGCCCUUUUGACUGCCCGAGAUGGUGCCCGAGACCCCUCUGCUAUUCCUUCUAUUUGUCGUGUUUCUGCUGCCCUUCAAUAUCCUGCAGGGUUGGAAGGUUCGGAUGCCGGCUUAGCAUCGGUGUUGGAAUCGAUGGAAUUCUGUUUGAAGUUGCGGGGUUCAGAAGCUUGUGUUUUGGAGGACUUAGCCAAAGCUAUCAAUCUGGUGCAUAAAAGGAGGGAUCUUGUGGAAAGUGCUCACGCGUUGCUAAACCAUGCUUAUCACAUUCUACAAGAAUACGAAAGGUAUGAGGGUGGAACUGGAAUUUGUGAUUCCGGCAGAAUUGGAAUAUGUGAUUCCAUUCCAAUGCCAAAUAAACGGAGUUUAAUUCUAUCUGAAGGUGGAACCAAAAUCAGUGAUUCUAAUGGAAUCGGAAUCUGUGAUUAUGUUGGAAUCAGAAUCUAUGAUUCCAUUCCACUGCUAAAUCAACGGAAUUUAAUUAUAUCUGAAGGUGGAACCAGAAUCAGCGAUUACGACAGAAUUGGAAUCAGUGAUUCCGACGGAACCAAAACCUUACAAAAUAUAAAUGAAAACCAAAAUUGCAAGAGAACCUUUUGACAUUAUGAUUAGUGUAAUGGAAUGUAUUUUUGUAUAUGUAUGAUAUCUUAUUUUGCAUUAUUAGACAUUAAAUGUGUAAUUUAGUUUGUUUAAUAUUUGG